AUAAAUGGCGAACAGAGGACAAAGACCAACCACCUCAAACCGUCCUCGCCAAAACCACAUCGUAGGAAACGAACAGUGCUCCGACCAAAUCCUCCUCUCCCGUUCCACUUCCCUCGUCGCCGCGGGAGGAGAAAUGGCGGUUAAUCCUUCGACAUUCCAUCCGCUUCGUCUCCAUCGCUCUCUGGCUCCUCGCGCUCCUCCGUCGUUCCGCGAUCGCGCAUCACUCGGGCCGGACCGCCGCCUCGGAGCUGCUCCGAGGAUCGUUCUCUUGCGCUCUCGCAAGCAUUCUUCUCCUUCUUCGGAAGGUUUUGAACCUUCGCUUCGGACGGAUUAUUCUGUUGCUCCGAUUGGAUCGCCUGCUCAUCGUUCUUCGGCUUCGGCCAUUGACUUCCUCACAUUGUGUCACCGGCUCAAGACAACCAAAAGGAAAGGGUGGAUCAAUCAAGGGAUUGACGGUCCUGAGUCGAUUGCUGAUCAUAUGUACCGCAUGGCAUUGAUGGCUUUAAUUGCUGAUGAUCUUCCUGGACUAGAUAGGGAAAGGUGCAUCAAGAUAGCGAUUGUGCAUGAUAUUGCUGAAGCUAUUGUUGGAGACAUAACACCAGCAGAUGGCGUGCCUAAAGAGGAAAAGAGUAGGAGAGAACAGGCAGCUUUAGAUGAAAUGUGUCAAGUUCUUGGUGGAGGGAUGAGGGCUGAAGAGAUCAAGGAACUUUGGGCUGAGUAUGAGAGCAACUCUUCUCUAGAGGCUAAUUUGGUCAAAGAUUUUGACAAAGUCGAGUUGAUUCUGCAAGCCCUGGAAUAUGAGAUGGAACACGAGAUGGUACUGGAUGAGUUUUUCCUUUCAACAGCAGGUAAGUUUCAGACUGAAAUAGGAAAGAGCUGGGCAGCCGAGAUUCUUUCGAGGAGGAAUUCAAGGCUAUCGAAUGGGCUGAACUAAACGCUUCAUUGAUGAAUUCCGUUCUUUCACAUCAAGCUGGGGCUAACUUUCUGGAUUAAGAUUUCUUAUGGACUUCAUCUCGAGUAGUUACGUCCCUUCUUGCUACUCCCACAGCAUUGGGAGUAUAAACUGAUAGCUUUUCUCCUAGAAGCAAAGUCCUGAAUUUGAUCCACUAACACCAAAGAGCAAGAAUGUUAACUCAGAAAUUCUCCAUGACAGCUACAGGUAUGGAAUUCCUUUAAUGGUUGCAUGAACUGUAGAAUGACAAAAUAUAUAUUUUUUUCCUCACAAUUAGUUUGUGUGAGAGUAUGGAUAUAGCAAAUGAAAAUAGAAUAGAGAGAUAUGAAGGAUCGUUUGAUGUUGAGCUUUUCAUCCGGAUAAGCAGCCUUAUGAAUUUUUCUGACUAGGUGCUCAAACUGCCUUGGCAAUGGAAAAUAUGACUCAAUCAAUAGUAUUCUUUUUGUUGGAUC